AUGUGAAAGUAGAUCCGGUAAAUGAGAUUAAUGCUCAUUAAGUUUAUUCGGGGAAUAUUUUUAGUGUUACCAAUGUAAAAGUUUAAUAGUAGUAGUGUUUUUAGUCAAACAGUUGAUGAGUAAAAAAAGCAAUCAUCGUGUGUCAAAAUCGGAAUAACGCGGGGAUUACAGAAGAAAUGAAUGAAAAAAGAGCGAAGUAAAAAGAGAAUAAAAAGAAGUGAGAAAGAACGACAGACGGAGCUUUAUCUUUAUUAUGCGCUGUUGAGUGAAUUGUCAAGUGAAAUCAGAAAUGGCUGCCAACGAUCAACAGCAAAAGGAGCAGAAAGAAUCAAGAGAACCUGCUCAUCAUGCACGACGACCAAUGAAUGCUUUUCUUAUAUUUUGUAAACGGCAUCGGGGAUCAGUAAGAUUACAUUUUCCUCAUCUUGAAAAUCGAGCUGUAACCAGAGUUCUUGGAGAGUGGUGGGCAACUUUACAUCCUGAUCAAAAACAAUCUUACAUUAAUUUAGCUCAAGAGUAUAAAGAUGCAUUUUUAAAUGCCAAUCCUGAUUUUAAAUGGUAUAAAUUACCUGCACCACCUUUGAGAACACUAAGUACACGACCAACAAAUAAGAAACAGGAAGUCGGAUCAAGUUAUGAGCAAAAUUCAACUACAACCAACUCCAAUUACGAAUCUUCCAACUGUACAGAAACAAUAAGUAAUCAAGCUAUUCAACCUGGUAAAUUAGCUGAUGAAUCUCAGAUUGGUGGUUUAAGUUCCUUAUUUACACCUCAAAAAAUACCACAAAUUAAUAAUCAGUCAAUGAUUAUUGAAGAUGACACAAUUAAUAAUGAAACUGAUGAAGUAAUUGUUCCAAAACCACCGAAGAAAAGAUAUACAGAGUUGUCUAUUGAUGCGGAACAAAAAAGAGACUGUAAAGCUGAUUUAUUUGGUGAUAAAAAAGAUGAAUCUGCUGAAUCUAAUAAUAAUAAUGAUCAUAAUCAUUCAGAUGAUGAAGAAAAAAAGCAUGCUAUUGCUGCAUAUGUUGAAGAUAAUCUUCCUUCGGAGGGAAAUAGCUUUCGAGGUGAACGAAGUUGUAAAGGAUUACGUUAUCAAAAGUUUCUUGCUGAACAAGUUCGAAAUGUUGGUUCUUCAUUAACUCAACAAACUAAACGACGACGUAUAACUGGGCUUAAUAAGUUGACAAAUGUUGAUAAGCAAAAAGAAAGGCGAAAUUCAAUUUCAUCUAAUGUAAGUGAAAAGACUGAUUCAUUGAGCAGCGAAGGGGGCAAUAGCUCACGCAGUGAUUUAGAACAUCUUGUUGAUAGUGCUGAGGGUAAAGUUGAAGCUUCAAAACCUGAAGAUACUGAAACAGAAGACGCUGAAUCACAAGAUUAUGGGUCGUGGAUGUCACGAAAACGAUUUAAAGCCGAGGACUUUAACUUGGAGAAAAAAAUUGAAGCACUACCAUCAUUGAGUCUUGAAGAAUUUCAAGAAAAAAAAAAACAGCAACGUACAAAAAAGAAAAAAUCAUCUCAAAAAUUAAAUACCAAUUCAACAAAAAGAAGUCUUUCAAAUCAAAGUAGUCAACAAAAAAAUACUCAAAAUAAUCGAAAAAUGUCGACUACGGCCGAUGAUUCUUAUGAAGAUUCAAACAAUACACUUGUAGGUAGUCAAAAGCGGAAAGCAAGAAAGCAAAGUAUUACUCGUAAUACCUCUGCAACUGUUUCUAAAAAUUCUUUAGACCAAGGAGCCAAUCAACCUUGGUGUGCAUCACCCGAUCUCGAGGCGUUAGCAUGUCUUGCGGAAAUAGCUGCUAAUCGAACGAAACUUACCAAGUAACUCAAUUUUACUUUCUCUCUUAAUCAUAAUUACGUGUUUUUCAACAUCCUGUUUAUAUUGUUAUCACAACUAUUAUGUUUACAUGUGCCACUAUUAUUACGUUAACUUAAUGGCAUAAAGUAACGAAUUUACAAUUUCUAUCUACAUUAACCGUAUUACUAUUAUCACUAUUACUCUUAUUGUCAUUCUAAUUAUUCUGUACGAGUCAGGCUCGUAUUAAUUAUUUUCAUAGAGUUAUUUGUUUUCUUUUUUUCACGUGUUAAAAAUUUUCAGAUUUUAU